AUGUCCAACUGGAAGAAGCUCUUCAACAAAAAUCACAAGAGCCAGCAGCCUUCCAGCAAUUCGAGCCUGCGCACGACGUCGUCGGCGGGCACGGGAACGUCCCACGUGGACGACGAGCUGCGGGACUCGCGCAAGACGCUGGUCAACGAUGUCGCGUCGGGAGUCGGCAACAUCAGUCUGGCCGCCAGCUCGCCCCAGGUGCUCACCAAAGACCUGGGGACUACCGACCCGGUCAUGGAGAAGGAGCCCAGCAACCUGGUCAAGCUCAAGCCAGGCCUUCUCACAGUGAAAAUCUACUCGUCCAAGGAUCUGCAUAUACCAACGCCUUUAAGAAUCAGCAAACCGAUCCUGAGCAGGCUGGCCAACAUGGGUGCCAGCCUGAACGAGGAGGAGCUGCUCAGACGCAUCGACGCACUGAGCGACACCAUGGAGGAGAUCAACGAGUCCAACAUCUCGUACUACCUUCCCUCCACGCUCAGUAUCAACUCUGGCGACGAGGCCCGCAAUUCCACCACCAGGUAUAGUCUCGUUUACGCGCUUGUUGAGGUCGAGAACAGCAGUGAAAAGAUCAACUCCACAGGAAACACCAUCAGCAACACCAAGUUCAACAGUGUCACCACGUUCGACGUGACCGCCCCAAACACAGCAAGCUUGAGCGUGCACGUGUACGUGCGAAUCCCCGGAUCGCUGCUGGAGUCGGAGCGCCAGGAGGACUGUUUGAUCGGAACGUUCCGGUUCCCGAUCAACUCUGCCUCUUUGCAGCAGGACACCCAGAUCCGGCUGCUGAACCACGAAUGGAAGAACCUGAUCAACCCGUACACAGACCAGGAACUUCCGGGUGCAGUGAAUAUAUCGCUGGAUUUCAAGCCACUCUCGCUGUCUGCUAAGAAGGGCCUUUCGAUUGAGGACUUUGACCUGCUCAAGGUGAUCGGUAAAGGCUCCUUUGGAAAAGUGAUGCAGGUGAAAAAGAAAGACACCGGCAAGAUCUACGCUCUCAAGUCGAUUAGAAAGUCGCAUAUCGUCAACAAGAUGGAGGUCACCCACACGCUGGCCGAGAAAUUUGUGCUCAGCAGAGUCACCUCGCCGUUCAUUGUUCCUCUCAAGUUCGCAUUCCAGUCCGCAGAGAAAUUAUAUCUCGUGCUAUCCUUCAUCAACGGCGGAGAGCUGUUCUACCACUUGCAAAAGGCUAGACGGUUCCCGCUGAUCCGGGCCAAGUUCUAUAUUUGCGAACUGCUGUCCGCCAUCGAAAACCUGCAUUCCAUGAACAUCGUCUACAGAGACCUGAAACCAGAAAACAUUCUGCUCGACUACCAGGGCCACAUUGCUCUAUGCGACUUUGGUCUGUGUAAGAUCAACAUGCAAUUGGACCAGAAGACCAACACGUUCUGCGGCACGCCCGAGUACCUUGCUCCAGAGUUGCUGAUGGGUAAGGGCUACACCAGAGUCGUGGACUUCUGGACUUUGGGAGUUUUGCUCUACGAGAUGCUCACGAGUCUGCCACCAUACUACGACGAGGACGUCAACACCAUGUACAGAAAGAUCCUGAACGAUCCACUGGUGUUCCCCGCAGACUUUGACCCGCAAACGCGCGAUCUGAUCACCCGACUGCUCAACAGAGACCCAAAAAAGAGACUGGGCUACAACGGCGUCGAGGAGAUCAAGAACCACGAGUUCUUCAAAGACAUUGACUGGAAUAAGCUCAGCCACAAGGGCUACAUCCCGCCUUUCAAGCCACAGGUGAAGGACCUCACAGAUAUCAGUAACAUCUCAUCAGAAUUCACCGACGAACGGCCAAUGGAUUCUGUCAAAAUUACAACUAGAAUGUUCAUAUCCAAUGUGAAUAUUAUUCUAUCCAUAUUAAGUUUACUCAAUGCGAGGCGCGUGGACUUACCAACAUGUGAAUCCACCAUCAACAGUAAUGUUGGUUCCUGUAGUGUAGGACGAGGCAGAGUUGGAGAGCAGGUAAAGCACGGUACCUGUGAACUCCUUUGGCUCGGAAAGACGGCCCAUUGGGACGCCAGACAACCAUCUCUGGUACAUGCCAUCAUUACCGUUAAUGACGUUCUUGGUGAGUGGUGUAAGGAUGUAACCUGGGGAGAGAGUGUUAACUCUGAUGUUGUACUUGGCCCACUCAGCAGCCAAGGAUUUCACCAUGUGGAUGACACCAGCCUUGGACAUGUUGUAGGCGACUUGUGGUUGUGGGUCGUUGACGAUUUCUCCGGACAUGGAGCCGAUCAUGACCACGGAACCGCCCUUAAUGUUGUGCUCGAUGAGCGGCUUGGCAAAGGCCUGGGCCACAAACAAGGAGCCCAACAAGUUGACCUUGACGAGUCUCUCGGCGUUCUUGGCCGGGUACUCGUGCGCAGGGAAGUUCUCGCAGUAGCCGGCGGUGUUGACAAGGUGGAGAGGGUACUUGCCGAAGUCUGCGUAGACCUUGGCAAACACCUCGUUCACGUGGUCUGCGUCGCUGAUGUCGCAGACGUACGAAUGCAUUUUAGGAACAGAUUCCUGUUUGAUCUUGAGCUCCUCGAUGCAGAACUUGACGAGUUCUGCCUGAGUCUCCUUUGUUCUCUCGAGGUUCAUGUCCAAAAGGGCGAUCUCAGAACCGUAAGCGAGAAGGCCCUUGAGGAUAGCGUCGGACAGUCCUCCUGA